AUGGGAUACGAGUCGUCACCACUGUCUAUUAUUGAUCCUCGCAGGGAUAAGGGAGGGAUACACUACGCAGUAUGGCAUCCUCAGUGUUUCCACAAACUAUUGUCUGCCGAUCUCAAAGUUGUCUAUCCUAGUUCUCAGAAAUUCUCAGAUGAUGAAUCCAUUCGAAAGCUACUUUUGAGCUGCAUUAAUUCACCUGAUGAAGAAUUGCUUUUUCCAUCAUGUGGAUUGAAUGACACUAAUGAACUCAGUGUCUUAAUUGCAUUUGCUUUACCAUUAUGGGUUAACGAGUCUUUUGAUCUCAAGGCCUGGGUAUGGGUUUCUGAUAAGUUUGAUGCAAUUGCUAUAACAAAGGCAAUUUUACAGUCCAUCACUUCUGAGUCAUGUGAUUACAGUAACUUGGAUUUACUUCAGGUUAAGUUGAAGGAGAAAUUGUCGGGGAAAAGAUUCUUGCUUGUUUUAGAUGACAUUUGGAACGAGAAUUAUAAUGAUUGGACCAUCUUACGGUCUCCGUUUGGAGCAGGGACCAAUAUCAUUGUAACCACUCGUCUUCAAAUUGUUUCAUCUAUGGUGAAACCGCUCAAAGCUUUUCAUUUGGAUAAAUUAUCAGAUGAUGAUUGUUUAUCCAUAUUUACACAGCAUGCAUUGAACGCAAGAAAUUUCGAUGAACAUCUCCAGUUUAAAGAAAUUGGAGAGAAAAUUGUUAGAAGGUGCAAUGGCUUACCUUUGGCUGCAAAAGCCAUUGGAAGCUUGCUACGCACGGUUAUAUAUCAUGGAGAAUGGGAAAGAAUAUAUGAGAGCGAGAUAUGGGACUUACCAGAAGAGCGAUGUGGCAUAAUUCCAGCUUUGCGAUUAAGCUACCAUCAUCUUCCGUCAUACUUGAAACGAUGUUUUGCAUAUUGCUCCAUACUUCCUAAAGAUUAUGAAUUUAAGGAAGAAGAAAUUAUCUUGUUAUGGAGAGCAGAAGGUCUGUUACAACAAAAAGCUAUGCCUCAAAUUAAAGAUCUUGGAAAUCAAUAUUUUCAAGAUCUAGUGUCAAGGUCAUUUUUUCAGACAUCUAGUAAAGAUAAGUCCCGAUUCGUAAUGCAUGACCUUAUCAAUGAUUUAGCACAAGUAGUUGCAGGAAAGAUAUGCUCCAAAUUGGAGGGCGAUAAGCAACAAAAGUUCUCAAAUCGCACUCGACAUUCUUCUUAUAUUGUCAGCACAUUUGACACAGUGAAGAAGUUCGAAGCAUUUGAUCAAGUGAAACAAUUACGUACUUUUCUACCUUUACAGUUGUCACGUUAUGGGGGGGCUUAUUUAACUAAUGUUGUUUUGGUUGAUUUGUUGCCAAGACUUGGCUACCUAAGAGUGCUUUCUUUGAGUGGGUAUAAGAUCACUGAGUUGCCUGAUGAUGUUUUUGAAAAUUUAAAACAUCUUCGCUGCUUAAAUUUUUCUGGCACUGAUAUCAAAUACUUACCUGAUUCUUUGUGCACUCUUUACCAUUUGGAAACUUUAUUAUUAAAAAAGUGUUCCAAGCUUCGAAGGUUACCUUCAAAGAUGGGAAAUCUUGUCAAUUUGCAUUAUCUUGAUAUCAGAGGUGCGAACUCAAUUGAAAGGAUUCCUUUUAGAAUUGAUAAGCUAACCAAUCUUCAAAGGUUAUCAAACUUUAUCAUAGGGGAAGGUGAUGGUUGUCAUAUUAGAGAUUUGAAAUAUUUGUCAAACCUCAAAGGUGAUUUCCGUCUUUCUGGGUUGGAGAAUGUUAAUGGUGAAGAUGCAGGGGAAGCCAAGUUAAAUGAGAAGCAGGGGAUUCAUCGAUUGGUAUUGGAAUGGGGUCGGGACAUUAAGAAGGAUACAAGGAAAAGAGAAGUUGAAGAAUGGGUGUUAGACUCUCUUCAUCCUUCGAAAAAGCUUGAGCAACUCGUCAUUGAGAAUUAUGGUGGUGCAAAAUUCUCUACUUGGAUUGUAGAUUCUUCCUUCAAGAAUAUGUUGUCAUUGAAGCUUCACAACUGUAAAAAUUGCAAAUCUCUACCAUCGAUUGGAAGGUUAUUGUUGUUAAAAGAUCUUUCAAUUAGCGGUUUGGGUCAAGUAAACAAGAUUGGUGCUGAGUUGUUUGGAGAAAAUCAAUCAAAUGCUUUUGCAUCAUUAGAGUCUCUGUGUUUUGACAAUAUGCUGAAUUGGGAGGAGUGGGACCUAUGUGAAGAUGAUGAGCAAGUUUCGAAAUUUCCCAGCCUUAGUAAGCGUUCAAUUAAAAGAUGUCCUCUAUUGUGGGGAAGGUUGCCAACCAUCCUUAAAUCCUUGCAGAAACUUGAAAUCUAUGAGUGCUCAAGGUUGGUAGCUUCAAUUUCAAGUUUUCCCUUGCUGUGUGAAAUAAGCGUUAAAGGGUGUGAAGAAUUGGUGGAUGAAGGUUCUUUGUCUGUACAGAAGGUUACCUCUUUGAAAUAUGUGUCUCUUUCAAAUAUUUCAAAGUUUAAUAUUUCAGCAGAGAGGAUAAUGUUGAGAUUUGCAAACGCAGAAGCAUUCUUCAUCUCUGGUUGGAAGGAGUUGGGAUCUUUAUCGCAAAUUGGGUUAAGAUUAGAGGGGCAUCGUUUCAUCAAGUUCAUUAAUUGUCCCCACUUGGUCUCAUUGGAAGCAGAGGAGGAGAGAUUGCAACUUGACAAGAUUCCAGCUGUUGAAUCUCUAUAUAUAAUGAAUUGUGAAAGGCUCAAUAGACUACCAGAAGUCUUACAUGCUUUCCCAUUCAUUACAAGAAUAAACCUUCAAAACUGUCCAGGCUUGGUUCGUUUUGCAGAGAGUAACUUCCCCCCUGCUUUAAAAGAGCUGAGGGUUUCGAAUUGCAAGAAUUUGCAAUAUUUGGUUGAUGAAAGAGAAAAUAAUAAGAGUAUGAGCAGCAGCAGUUGUCUUCUCGAGCACUUACAUAUAAGUAGCUGUCCAUCUCUAAUAUGGUUAUUAUCAAGGGGCGAUAUAUGCAAUCGGCUUCAACAUCUCGACAUUGAAAGUUGUUCAAAGCUAAGUAGCUUAUUUUUAAACGCCAAGUUACCCGUAAUGCUUAAACAUCUGAAUAUUGGGGAUUGUCCAGUGUUGGAAUGCAUAGCCCAAGACUUCCUUGAAACCACUGAUCUCGAAAGCAUUCUAAUUAGGGGUGCUCAAAAAUUUAAACCAUUACCGCGGGGAUUAGACAAGCUCGGCCAUCUUCAGGAGAUUCGAUUAUUUAGCUGUCCAAAUCUGGUUUCAUUUGAAGAAAGUGGGUUGCCCACCACAAAUCUCAGAUUACUUGUGAUUCACGAUUGUGAAAAUUUUGGAGUCCUUCCCAUGUGCAUCAACAACUUCACCUCCCUUCGACAUUUAGUUCUGUGGGACUGUUCGGCUGACAUAUCCUUUCCAGAAGAGGGUUUCCCUACCAACCUCACAUCACUUGCAAUCUCAAAGGCACCCAAAAUUUAUACAUCACUUGUUGAAUGGGGAUUUAACAGACUCACCUCUCUUCAAGAACUAAACAUCGGCGGUGAAGGAUGCUCACGUGUGGUGUCAUUUCCAGAAGAAGCGAUAGGAAUGAUGCUGCCUCCUUCUCUGACCCAUAUCAUAAUUCGAAGAUUUGAAAAUUUGGAAUUCAUGUGCUCCAAGGGCUUACAACACAUCACCUCUCUUCAACUAUUAAGCAUCUAUUAUUGUCCUAAGCUCACCUUUCUUCCAGAAAAAGAUAUGCUUCUCUCGCUCAAGGAGCUAUAUAUUUACAAUUGCCAGUUGCUAGAAGAAGGGUGCAGUAAGGGUAAUGGGCGAGAGUGGUCCAAGAUUUCCCACAUACCUUUAGUGAGAAUUAAUCAUAAAACAGUCAUCCCGAGGGAAUUAGAUUGA